GUCAUCUAAAAGCAAAAUGGGCUUUGCGUUUCUUUUGUGCUGUUUCUUGAUUCUGGAUUCAUGCUCCAGUGUGAGGUCCUGUCUGCAGUGUGAUCAAGUAGUUCGAUACAUACAUGAAGAUUUCCUUUCAUCUGUACCCAUGACUGUCAGUGAUCAGAUGGAACUGAAGGAAAUCAUUGAACACGCUUACAUCAACUAUCGAGAGACCAGCAGAUCGUUUCGAGGAGUCAUAGACCCUACAACACUAUAUCGUGCCCGAACAGAAUACCAGAGUGAGUUCAAGAGGCACUGGAAAGAGCACAGAACAGGUUCUCUUCAGUGGAUUAUGAUUAAUAUAGUGGAGAAAGGGAGGAGAAUUCUGCAAAAACAUUUGGAGCUAUUUGUCACCCAGGGUCUGUGUCCCAAUAAAUGUGUGUGUGGGUAUAUGGAUUGUUGCUUGGGUGUGUGUGGCUGGGCGAAUACAGGGCUGUUCUAUCAGAGAGUGAUGAAUUGCACUUCCUGUCAGUAUGGGCUUUUUACAUGUCUAUCCGCCACACCCCCAAUAGACUGUGGAGAACAUCAUCUUGAGGCAGAUGAAGGAGUGGGGGUGGUGUUGGACUGUUUUCUGCCUUGGCACACACUGGUUGUUGGACAGACUGAGUAUUAUUACUCCUGGCUCCCUGCAAAGAAUCUGUCACAUGAGGGGGGGUAUGAAGAGCUGGUGGUGACAGAGGACUCUAAAAUCGUACUCAAUCAGCUGAGGGUCAAUGAGGAAGGCGUGUACCGCUGCCUCCUACAGGAUCAAAAGAAUACUACACUUUCUCGCAUUUAUUUUUACCUGAAAGUUAAUCCACUGCCAUCCACAACCCCUAGGCCGGUGGUGACUUUGCCUCCUCUGCCUGUGGGUUAUGAUCUCACCCCUCCCAGCCUGCAUCGGAACUCGGUGGUCAUCUUGGUGAUUUUACUGACUGUAGUCAGCAUCACCGGCAGCCUGGUCAUCCUAAUGUACCUCGGAGUGACCAUGAAGCAACAUAAGGAGAGAGACGGGGAGGGGAGCAGGAGGGGAGAGAGGCAGGAUGCAGAGAACAUGGAGCUGAUGAGUGUCACACAAUGAUGGAUGUGAACCAAAGAGGCGAAUAAACUAAUGACUUUAGUUAUCCAAAGGAUUGAUGAUCCUAGUAUAACUGUUUAAGUGAUGGUUUUACCGAAAACUCACCCUUGUGUUCAUUUUUUCACAGAACACAAUUUAAACACAAUCUUAAAUAAUAUUUUCCUUCAAUACACUGAAAAUGAAUAGAAAACAAUGGCUGACUAGCUAAAAUAAGAAAUAUUUUAGGUGAACAAACUCAAAAAUACAAAAAGAUGACCUAGAGCUAAAAACAACAUGCUUUGACAUGAAGUCAAGUGAAGUUGCAGUGAACAUACUCUUGUACAGUAGUUCCCAAUUAUCCUCAAAGAAUCCUAAAUAGUAAACAUGUUAAUAUUAAACACAACUGAUUCAAUUGAUACGCUCAGCAGAGUAUUUCAGGAGUCAAAUCAGGGGGGUAUCUAUGGUAAAAUCAAUGAUGCUUAACAUGAUACUUCUGUAAAUCAUUUACAGAAUAAAAUGGCAUACAGACCUAAAAUAUGUCAUUCAUUCACUAUAUAAUAAAAGCAAAAACGACACGUUUUGAUGAAUGCACGACACUUAUGAGGGAAUUAGAGUUAGUGGUGAAGAGAGUUGAAUCGUUUGGAUCACAAUGUUUUUUCUAGAAUUAAUAUUCCCCUGCCAACUGGUUAAUCCCGGGGAUUAUCCGCUUCGAGUCAGUGGAGUGCACAGUAAAAACUCUUAAUCGUUUGUUUUCACAUCAAGUUCCCCUUCAACAAAUGAAAGAAGUGUCAGACUUCCUAUUUUGCAUGUCAUUACAUCUGAACGAUGAUGGCACUGUUUUUCAGAUCGUUCAUUUGUGGUGUUGUUUGCCAUUAGUAAAUGGGAGAAUACAUUUUUUAGGCAUUGGCAAUGUUAUGGGGGCUUCUGGGGAAAUUCCCUUAUUAUAAUUAAUAUACAGGAAAUUACCUUUUUUGAAAUGUCAGUUCAGAAUUAUGAGUGUCUUUGGUUUUUAUGUUUUUAAAUAUUCUUUAUGUGAUUUUAUUUUCUGUUUUAUAGAGCGGAGUGACGGGAUGCAGCAAUUGCUGCCUUGGUAAAGUCUAGAUAGUUUUUCCAAAACAUCGUAUUAUUACAUCUUAUUCCGUCCGCUAUGUUAGCUUGUUUAUUUUAUAAUUGUAAAGCAACUUUCUUACUUGAAUCGGCUGGUUGUUUUUUUCUCAAGAAAUACAAAUGUUACACUUACACAGAGUGGUAUUGAUUUUCACUGGUUUACUCAUCAACUUCCUGUAGACAGCAACAGACGGUUCGAUGAAACAUUACUGAAGGGGA